ACGUGCGUGACGUGGACAUCGGCCAUUUUCGACGAAAUUUGUUUUGAUGUUUACAAAUGAAGUUCUUUUAACAACUGUCAAGCCCCACUAUAUCCACGGUUAACGGUAAAAUUGGUAAGAAAAAGAUGUCUGAAACCAAGCUACGAAUGUCCCAUUACAAGGGAUUUCUUUACAAAUGGACUAACUACCUGAAAGGUUAUCAGAAAAGAUGGUUUGUACUUCAGAACGGCUUGUUAUCCUAUUACAGGAAUCAAGCAGAAAUGGCACACACAUGUAGGGGCACGAUAAACCUUGCUAAUGCAUUUAUACAUGCAGAAGAUUCAUGUACUUUCGUUAUUUCAAAUGGAGGAGCACAGAGUUUCUAUUUAAAAGCCACAUCUGAGGUAGAACGACAGAAAUGGUUGACAGCAUUAGAACUUGCCAAAUCAGAAGCUAUUCGUAUUCAGGAAGUUGAAAGUGAUGAAGAGGAGCCACAACCUGAUAAAAAUGAACUACAAUUUACACUACGAUCACUGAACAGCAAACUAGAAGAUCUCAACACGUGUAACGAUCUAAUCGCUAAACACGGAGCUGCUUUACAAAAAACAUUAUCAGAACUUGAACAGUUAGAUUCACACUCUGAAUCUCAUAGCAAGGUCAAGGCUGUCAAUGAGCGAGCAACACUCUUCCGUAUAACUUCAAAUGCAAUGAUAAAUGCAUGUUCUGAGUUCUAUGAAUUAGCAGAAGUGAAUGGUCGUAGAUGGCAGAAGAUGUUACAACAUGAACACGACCAGAGAUUGAAAUUGGAGGAAAUGGUAGAACAGCUGGCUAAAGAUCAGGCCUCGUUAGAAAAUAAAGCUAGGAAAUCUUUUCACCAACCAACACAAAAUCCAGGGUCAAACCCAUCAGAUGAUGAAGAUUUUUUUGAUGCUUUGGAUCACCAAGUGGAGGAUGAAUUUAAAGUUGCAUUACCGCCAAAACCAGAAAAAUUACACAGAAGAACUGACAGUGAUUUUAGUAUGGAGAGUUAUAACACAAAUGAUGUCUCGAGUGAAUCCGAAUCCGAAAAUACCAUAUCAGAAGCCAGAGUCUUCACUGCCAAAACAGAUUCACCCCAAAAAACUCAGAAAGAAAUUCUUAAGUCAGAACACAAGCGAACAUCUAGCCAAGAUAAGCUCAAAGUUCGUCAGUUGACAUCUGUUGAUUCAUUAAAUACCGGCGGUGAAAUGGUAUCACCGAAACGUGUUCGUCGAACUAGAAUACCUGAGAGGCCAAAUUAUAGUCUUAACUUAUGGAGCAUUAUGAAGAACUGUAUAGGAAAAGAGCUGUCCAAAAUACCUAUGCCGGUGAAUUUCAGCGAGCCUUUAUCAAUGUUGCAACGAAUCACUGAAGAAUUUGAAUAUGCAGAUUGUCUUGAGAAAGCAGUCAAAUGUGACGACUCAGCUGAACAAAUGGCCUGGGUUGCUGCCUUUACUAUUUCCGCAUUUUCCACUACCUUGUUACGAACAGGGAAACCCUUUAAUCCUCUCCUUGGAGAAACGUAUGAAUGUGAUAGAUUAGAUGAUUUAGGCUGGAGGAAUAUAGCUGAGCAGGUCUCACAUCAUCCUCCAGCAUUAGCAAUGCAUACAGAAGGACGUGGAUGGACAUGCUGGCAAGAGUUCACCAUGACCAGUAAAUUCCGUGGAAAAUAUUUACAGAUUAUUCCCCUUGGUAUAGCCCAUUUAAUCUUUCAUAAAACUGGUAAUCAUUAUACCUGGCGUAAAGUUACAACAACGGUACAUAAUAUAAUAGUUGGUAAACUAUGGGUAGAUAAUCACGGUGAAAUGGAUAUUACUAAUCAUAAAAAUGGUGAUAAAUGUCAUCUGAAAUACUCUGCCUACAGCUACUUCUCUAGAGAAACACCAAGGAAGGUAACAGGUGUUAUAACAGACAGUACCAAUAAACCAAAGUGGGUAUUAACAGGAACUUGGGAUUGUCAGAUGGAAGGAGCACAGAUAUUACAUGUAGAGGAAUCUAAUAAAGGAAAGCCAGUCUUCGAAACAGGACCGCAUAAAGUUUUGUGGAAAUGUCGACCUCUUCCACCAGGUUCAGAGAAAUAUUAUAAUUUUACCCAACUUGCUGUUCAGUUAAAUGAACCAGAAGAUGGUGUAGCUCCCACAGAUUCACGUCUUAGGCCUGAUCAAAGGUUGAUGGAGGAUGGAAAGUGGGAUGAAUCUAAUAAUAGUAAGUUACUACUGGAAGAAAAACAGAGAGCAUCUCGACGAAAACGGGAAGCGGAAGCAGAAAAGGCUGCAGCAGAAGGCCGAGAUUUUCCACCUUACACAGCUACAUGGUUCAAGAAGGACAAAGAUCCAAUCACUGGAAAUCAGAUACAUCAGUUUACUGGUAAAUAUUGGAACUGUAAGAGUCGACAAGAUUGGUCGAGCUGUCCAGAUAUCUUUUUGUGAUAAAAUGUGAUUAGUGUAUAUAGUGUGACAUAAUAAAAUAAGCAAUUUAAGAGGAGAUGUACCAUGACAAGUAGGAGAAUAUAAAAUGCUAUUGUGAAUAUAGGUGCUAUAAUAAUUCAUUGUGAAUGGUUAAAAGAGGAUUGACUGAUUCUUUCAAAAUGAUCCAUAGAAGCUUAAUAGACAUUGACAGGCCAGUUAGUGGAAAGGAAUCAUGGAGACAUUAGCUGUGUAUGUGAAUAGAUGAAAAUAUAUGGGUCAGAUAGCUAAAGUGUUUUAUUUGUGAUUUGAGUAUAAAGUUCUACAUAGUGUCUAAAAAAAGAAAAUUGACCAUCAGAACUUUGUCUCUUGGACAUGCUUCCUUAUUUUCUGGGAUACUCAUGUAAUCCUGUGUAUGUAGCAGGAUAGGUUUAACAUUAUCUAUGCUGUGAAAUAACGUGAUUUAGUUAUCAGUGUUGGGAAAUAAUGUGUGAUUUAGUUUCAGAAUAGUUAGAUUUUUCUGUCUUAUAAUUAUUUAUAUUAUAUUAAGUGAUUUUUUUGAUAGAUUUAUUUUUUGUGUUAAGAUUUUCUUUGUUUUAACACUCUAUUAUUGUAUCAUGCAAAUACAGUUGCUGUUAUAUUAAGAAUAAUCCCUUUUUAAUUGUAGUAGUGGUAGAAUUUAUUUUUAUUCCUUGAUGAAUUGAAAUGAAUGAAAAUGAAUCUUGAAAAAAAAAAAAAUCUGAAUUUUGAUAAUAUUCUCCAUCUCCAUUUAUUGUGUUUGUAUUUCUUUUUUGUAAAUUAGCCUUCCAACUUGGCUACAAUACAUUGCAAUAGUACCUGUGUGACCAACUUUUCAUAAUGUCCUACACUCUUGGUGAAGAAAUGGAACAAAAUUAUGCAGACCAAAAAACAAUUUAAAAAUAUUUUAAUUUCUUCACCGGAUGAUUGUGAUUAGAUUCCCGCAUGAAGUGUUUUUACCACUAGUCUUGGAGUAUAAUAUUAUUUGAUUGUUGCAUAUUACUGGGUUAGAAUAUGUUUUAUUAAAUAUAUAAAUAAGGCUUGCGGCAUGUGUAAUAAAUAAUUAUAGUACAUGUAUAUAUGUGGAAACUGGGGUCUUAUUUAUGAAAACUAUUUUAAAAUCAGUCAUGUGAAGCUAAAAUAAUGAAAUUUUGAAUGAAUACCUUGAUAAAUACGUAGCUUCAGUGCAGCUAAGUUCAUGAAUUAUUGGUAAUCAUAGUAUAUAAUCUAAACAGUAAAAUAGUGCCGAUAGCAGAGCACUGUAAUCAGUGCUAAUGGGAAGUAGUCUGGAUUGUUAUCCGUGAUAUUACCAUGGAAUAGUCUGGAUUGUAAUCAAUGUACUUCUGGAAUAGUCUGGAUUGCAAUCAUUGAUACUAUCAUGAAAUAGUCUGGAUUGUGGUCAGUGACACUAUCAUGAAAUAAUCUGGUUUGUUAUCAGUCCUAAUAACAUGAAAUAGUUUGGAUUGUAAUCAGUGUUAAUAUCACAGAGAUAGGCUGAAUUGUGCACUAUUAUGAAAUAGUCUGGAAUUAUAACCAAUGCUAAUAUCAUGAAGCCAACUUAGUUGUAAUCAACCGGAAAUAGUCUGGAUUGUAACCAGUGUUAAUAACAUGAAAUAGUCUGGAUUGUAACCAGUGCUAAUAACAUGGAAUAGUCUGGAUUGUAACCAGUGCUAAUAACAUGGAAUAGUCUGGAUUGUAACAAAUGCUAAUAAUAAUGAAAUAGUCUGGAUUGUAACUGGGGCUAAUAAAGUGGAAUAGUCUGGAAUGUAACCAGUGCUAAUAUCAUGGAGCAAUCUUGGUAGUAAUCAAUGCUAAUAACAGGGAACAGUCUGGAUUGUAACCAGUGCUAAUAACAUGAAAUAGUCUGGAUUGUAACCAGCGCUAUAUUAUGAACUUUAGUCAUUCAGUAAAUUGCAAUUUAGGCUGUAAUAACAAAUCAUGCUAUUGUUUGGAUUUGAAUCAUGUAAUAGUCUGGGUUGUAACCUGCGCUAUAUUAUGAACUUUAGUCAUUCAGUAAAUUGCAAUUUAGUCUGUAAUAACAAAUCAUGCUAUUGUUUGGAUUUAAAUCAUGGUGAUCGAGUCUGCAUAACAUUAAUUAAUACCAUGAAAUAGUUUGGAUAAUAUUAAACAAUAAAAUCAUAAAUUAUUUUCGAUAAAAUCAUGGUACUGUAGGAAGAUGAUGUUAUAGUGGCUAUUGAUAUGGUAUGAACAUUUUUGUGUAUAAGGCUCCAGAAUUCAGCUAAAUUAUAUAUUUAUUAUACUUCAUAUACAUUACUUAUACCAUGUGUAAACUGUAAAAUAAUGUCACUUAUAGAAACAACUAAGUAUAUGGUACAUAGAUAUAGUAAUAUUAAUUUACAUUGUAUGUAAUUGUUAUUAUUGUUAUUGCCUUACAAUAGACACAGUUUAAAUUUAUACUGGACUCAACAAGGUACAUGUAAACCAAACACCAAAGUGUGACAAUAUAUGAACCACUUGGGAAAUAAUACCAUGUGUAUCUCUAGUGAAUAUUACAGGCUACUAUAAAACUUGAAAUUAUUAUGUUCAUAUGAAAUAAAUGUAAAUAUUGCGGAAAAACAAAUGCAUUAAUGUCGGGACUAAUUUAUGUCAAUGUCUAACACAAUUUCUAAAUAAACACCCCAGUCAGUCAGAAUUGUCAAAUGUGGUUCAGUGGUUAGCUUUGUAACAAAAAGUAGCAUUUUGUCUUUGUUUUGACCCAUUGGUUAAUUCCAUUAUUUCAUGGUGCCAAAAGUUCAUGCACAGUAUAUGGAAACUGACUUGCACCAGUACAAAAUACUGUUAAAUUAUGUAUUGAUAUUGUUGUAGUUAUAUACAGGUAUGUAAUAAUUACUUUAAAUAUAAGAGUGCAUUCUAUAGUUACAAGUAUUAUGUUUUGAUAUUGUUGUAGUUAUAUACAGGGAUGUAAUAAUUACUUUAAAUAUGAGAGUGCAUUCUAUACAAGUUGAUCAUGUACUAUCUUACUUGUCAAAUAAUUUAUAAUAGAAAUUAUUUAACUAUAUAAUAAUUAUUAAUUAAAGGGGCAUUAUGUUAGAUUUAGAUAAAGAGCUGGCCAUUCUCACUGUAAUAUUUCAAAAUGAAUAGAUUGAAGAUUUCAUUCAAAUUACUUUAUUUUGAGCGAAGUUAUCAAUGGUGGUAGUUUUGACAAGAUGUAUGAAUUGAUCGUAAUCACCAUACUGGUCAUUCAUGUCUUAGCAUCGCUUCUCCAUUUUUGAAUUAAAUCAUUAAAUGGCCGAAUUGUUCUAAUCAACUUCAAAAUCUGAGCCAUCCGAUGGCAUCGAGAGUUUAUUACGGUAUUGUCAUGUUAAUAAAUAAUCUAUUAAUAAUUUAUAUAAUAUUUAAGACCCAAAGAAAGAAUUACCUCUUACAUAAGUCCUGUUUAACUGUUCAUUAUAUUAAUGAAUGGUGAAUAAAAAGUAUCAUAGAACUUUUGAUCACUAGUUAAUAACAAUUGAAUAUUUAUCAUUUGACUUGUAUACAGAUGACAGUAUUUAAUAGAGCCACAAAAAAGCUAAAGAAACAGUCAUUCAGCCAGAUGAUUGUGUCCUUUGAAAGAUGUCUGUAGUCUCAGUUUUCCAGUGUUAGUUUUUGUUAAGAGUAUAAUAUAUCUAGAUAUGGAAGGUUGUCUAUGUGUUCAAAAUGAGUUAGGGUAAUGGAUGAUUGUUAUAUAUUAUACUGUAGAUUACCUGAACUAACCAGUAGAAAAUAUAUAUAAGUAAGGAAUAUAUAAAUCAGUUAAUUAUAAAAUCUUAUGUGUAUAUAGAGCUAAAUAAUAUACCUCCGGGGUAGUGAAAUUCAGCAAUGAUUGUAAAUUUCUAAUCAUUAAGUGUUUUGUACAAAUGAAUAAAGGAAUGAGAUAUU